AGAGCCGAAGUUCAUUCGGUGCAUCCCAACGUGUGAUGCUAUCAGUUACGGUUUUUGACCUGAGGACGAGUGCAAAAGCGAGAACGAGAGGAAGACAUGCUGCAAACCUAGUCCGGGAAGAUCCAGUCGGAGCCGUUUCCGUCGAGAGCGAGGAGAGCCAUGCCGUUUGGAUUGAAGCUGAAGAAAUCCAAGAAUUAUUCGGUCGUGUCGAAAUCGCUAUGCGUGAUCAUCGUGAAACUCUUGGAGAACGGAACCGUCGAGUGCAUACUUAGCUCGAGAACGCUCGGUCAAGAAUGCCUGGAGAACGUGUGCCAACGACUGCAAAUCUCCCAGACGGAAUACUUCGGAUUGCGUUAUGUCACCAAGGACGGAACCCAACGUUGGGUGGAUUUGGACAGGCCUCUGAAGAAGCAGCUUGACAAAUACGCGCAGGAGUUUUCGCUCACCCUCGGAAUUAUGUUCUAUGUGUUCAAUGUUGACAAUUUAUCCGAUGAGCUCACUCGUUACUAUUAUUUCUCGCACCUGAAGAGCGAUGUUCUCGAGGGACGUCUGAGAUGUUCCCGAGAAGAAGCCGUGCAGCUGGCGUCGUUGAGUCUCCAGGCCGAGUUCGGAGACCACAGACCGGAGCACCACACCCCGGAUUAUUUGAAGAACUUCGUGCUAGUGCCCAAGUAUUUGACCGGGGUCGCGGGAGGCAGUCAGGAUCUACUUCUGGAAGAAAUCAUCAAAGCUCAUCAAGCGCUGCUCGGGACACCCCACGCGGUCGCCGAGAUCUACUACCUCAUCGCGGUGCAACGACUCGAAGGGUACGGGGACGAGUUGUUCUACGUCAAAGACCAUCUCGGUCACGAUGUCACGCUCGGCGUGUCUGCCCUCGGUGUCACGGUGAGGUAUCCGUCCCGUAUUCACGAGCAUUCGAUGGCGUAUCAGUGGUCCGAAAUCGUCGAUCUCAUCCAUCACAAGAAAUUCUUCAAAAUCGAGGGUCGCGACGCCAGCUGUUGCGCCCAAUUCCAACUCGAUGACGUCAUCACUGCCAAAUACAUUUGGAAACAAUGUGUACAGCAACAUAAAUUCUACAUGCAGAUGAAGCAGGUGGAGGGAAGUCGAAAAGAGAAAGAAGUCAUCAAGAACAUCCACGCUCCAGCGGAGAGCCCCGUGCGACCUCCGGUUUUGUUGAACAACAAUACGAUCAGCAACAACAAAACCGACAGCAGCGGCAGCAGCAAUAAUAAUUAUCACGUCGCCACGUGCAUGGGCAGUCUCGAUGAUCUCGACAGCGGAGUGUACCACACGGAAACACAAUCUGCGAGCCAUAUUUCGACGCCCGUAGCUGCCGCAGGCGUAUCGACGUCCGUGGCAGCGCAUAAGGAGGAACCCGACUACGAGAACGUAUCGAUGCUUCUGGCCAAUUCCCAGGAUAUGCGGCGAGCUUUGCUGCCCGAGUAUCGGAGAGCACCCGAUUACGAGCAAGCCAUCAGGAUGAAGUACCAAAUAUCAGCGAGUUUGAACGACCUAUCGCACGGAGCCCAAAAAUACCAGAGCCGUCUCUCGAACAACUAUGCGAGCUCGAUACCGAGCUCCAACAUCGAUAUCAGCGCGACUUCUAAGUCAUAUAACCCGCUGAUGCCGUUGAACUCUCAUGCUCAGUACGGCCAUUAUACCGAUCUGCAGGCUAUAGGGAACUCAUCACAAGAGUUAAUCUACUCGAAGAAAAUGUCAAAAACCACCCCCAGUCUCGCCUAUCAGGCCAUGCAUACCUACAGCACCCCAGAACUAAAUCUCGAGCAUCAAAAGGCUCUCGCGCAAAGCCGGGCCACGAACCUCCACCCGAUUCAGGCUCGCGUCGCGGUUACGUCGGCUCCAGCGAAAACUAGCACAUCGGUUCCCGAUCUGACGCAUUCGGCCACGAGUCAGCCCGCGCAAGCAAUAAUUCCGGACGUAGUCAGCAUUCCUGCCGAGGAAACUUCGACGGCGCUCCGCAAUGCCUCUACCGGAAGUGUCGCCUCAGCGCCUACCGGCCGAAGUAGGCCGAUCAACACUUCUGCUGUCACGGUCAACAACCAACGUGUCUCGUAUCCGAAUGAAGAAAAUGUCACCAAGCUGAACCUGUCGAAUUCAACGGAAAAUUCGGAAAGUGGUUCAGCCCAUUCCUCGAAUAUGCUCGCAGGACCCAUGCUCCAGGCCGCAAUGAAUGGCCUGGCGGGACCGACGGUCAAGCCGGACAUCCUGGAGCACGUGGACACUGGCAUCAUCGAAAGGACGAAUGAGCCUCCGAAGGACUCGAGGAUCCAGGACCUUGAAGCUAAACUCGCCGGGGGCCAUGUUUUCCAGGAGUACGAGCAAAUCGUGAAGAAGAAACCAAUGGCGAACUUCGCGACCGCCAUGCUGGCGGAGAAUAUGCCACGGAAUCGCUUCAAGGACGUUCUUCCGUACGAGGAGAAUCGGGUGCGUUUGGGUCCCUCGAAAGACAACCGAACGGGAUACAUAAACGCCUCCCAUGUCUCGAUCAGCAUAGGUGAGAUGCAUAGGUUCUACAUCGCGGCUCAAGGCCCGAUGGCGAACACUUGUUUCCAUUUCUGGCAGAUGAUUUGGGAGAACAACGUCGCUAUCAUUGUGAUGUUGACCGAUGUUGUAGAGAACGGUAAAGAGAAAUGUCAUCCCUAUUGGCCGCAAGCGGACGACUCGAGGGUCACCUUUAAAGACUUCGUGGUCACCCGUAAAACGACGUGUGUCUCGUCAACCUUCACCACCUGCGCACUACAGGUGCAAUACUUGCCCACUAGGGUCACGCGAUCCGUGUACCACCUGCAAUAUACCGAUUGGCCCGACCAUGGUUGUCCGAUGGACAUUCACGGCUUCCUGUCGUUCAUGGAGGAAAUCGAAAGCGUUCGCCGGUUGGUUCUAUCCGAACAGAACUUGGCGCAGAAUCGCGCGGUCCGGAACGCCCCGGUCGUCAUGCACUGCACGGCGGGAGUCGGUCGAUCCGGAGUUGUAAUCUUGUGUGAUCUGCUCUUGUUUUGUCUGGAUCACAAUCAUCCUAUAGACGUUCCGCAGGCGCUCACUUACAUUCGCUACCAGCGAAUGCUGUCAGUGCAAACUCUAGCUCAGUACAAAUUCGUCUAUCAAGUCCUGAUCCAGUACUUGAAGAACUCCCGCUUGAUUUAGGUCAGAAAAGAGGUUCCCUCUCCGGUGCAAGGAGAUUUCCCUCCCUCAGAUAUUUAUCGGCAAUAUUUAGUCAGCGAAUGUGAGCGGGUCUCGAGCUCGGCAAUGUCAUCUCGAGAUCGAUAUGACUUUUUCCUACGAUAGUACCUCAAAGGUCACAUGGUUGGCUUUUUUCAUUAAGAAGUCGAUAUACAUUACUAUAUAUUUUAUCAAGGUCAGAACUCGGCGAUUGAUGUCAGAAAUCGAAAAGUGCAUUACUUCAACAACUAUCCCACAUGACUUAGUCGAGCGGCUCGUCCGCCCACGGGUUGAGCUCCUACUGUGGAAGCAGACGGCACAUUUGUAAAAAUUCCAGAAUAUGGGAGCUCUGAUUUGUGAUGGAAUCGACGUGUAUACUCUAUCGGAAGUCAAUUGUGCAGCAACUAAUGUAAAUCGAGCAUUCAUAUUGGAGAAUUUAUUUUCGGAAUAAAAAAAGCCUUGUUCCU